UCUAGCCGUUGUCAUCAUCUUGUCUGACAUUUCAGCCUCUACAUGACGAUUUCUCUUCGUACCUGCUCACUCUUUCUCAAACCUGCUUCUUCGCCUUCUUGUCGUGGGAUGGGUGUUUCUCGGAUUUAGGUGUGGCUUCCCUAAUGCCUUGCAUGGUUUCAUGAUUAAGAUCAGCAAUUGCUUCACAUCGUGAUUUUGAUGUCUGAAACAUUGCCUCAAGUAUCGCUCCUUGGGCUCGUUGCAGGUUGUUUCUCAAAUUUAUCCGUUGGUGCGUGGAAGUGCCGGGUUUUGAUCUGCCUUCGAACAAUCAUCAUCUCGCAGAACUCUUCCUCCGACGGUGAAUCUCUGGGAUGCGAUGCCUGAUUGCUCGACUGAGUGGUAGCAUUUCUUUGAUUCUCGUCCGAGAUUUCUGACUCGUAGAAGUUAUUUGCGGCUGAGCACUGAAAUCUCUGGCAGUGGUGAAAGCCAAACAGCCAUGAGUACUACUGGGAAGCUCAAAUCUUCUAGUUCUGAAUUGGACCUUGAUCGACCCAACAUCGAAGAUUACCUCCCUUCUGGGACGACCAUUCAACAAGAACCUCAUGGCAAGCUUUGCCUGCGUGACUUGCUCAACAUUUCUCCCACUUUAUCCGAGGCAGCUGGUGCCAUUGUAGAUGAUUCAUUCACAAGAUGCUUCAAGUCAAAUCCUCCUGAACCUUGGAAUUGGAAUGUUUAUCUGUUCCCUUUGUGGUGUUUUGGAGUCUUCGUUCGAUAUUUGAUACUGUUCCCUGCAAGGGUCAUAGUGUUGACAAUAGGAUGGAUAAUAUUUCUUUCAUCCUUCAUUCCUGUGCAUUUCCUAUUGAAGAGACAUGACAAGUUGAGGAGAAAGAUUGAGAGAUCUUUGGUAGAGAUGAUGUGCAGUUUUUUUGUUGCAUCAUGGACUGGGGUUGUCAAAUAUCAUGGGCCACGUCCUAGCAUAAGACCAAAGCAGGUUUUUGUGGCCAACCAUACUUCCAUGAUUGAUUUCAUUAUUUUAGAACAGAUGACUGCAUUUGCUGUAAUUAUGCAGAAGCAUCCUGGAUGGGUUGGAUUAUUGCAGAGCACCAUUUUGGAGAGUGUAGGAUGUAUCUGGUUCAAUCGUUCUGAGGCAAAGGAUCGAGAAAUUGUUGCCAAGAAAUUGAGGGAUCAUGUCCAGGGAAUUGACAAUAACCCUCUUCUCAUAUUUCCCGAGGGAACUUGUGUAAAUAAUCACUACACAGUCAUGUUCAAGAAGGGUGCAUUUGAGCUUGACUGCACAGUUUGCCCAGUCGCAAUAAAAUACAAUAAAAUAUUUGUGGAUGCUUUUUGGAAUAGUCGAAAGCAAUCAUUCACUAUGCAUCUGCUGCAGCUAAUGACAUCUUGGGCUGUUGUUUGUGAUGUUUGGUACUUGGAGCCACAGAAUCUGAAGCCAGGAGAAACAGCCAUUGAGUUUGCUGAGAGGGUGAGAGACAUAAUCUCAGUUCGAGCUGGUCUUAAAAAGGUUCCUUGGGAUGGAUAUCUGAAGUAUUCUCGUCCUAGCCCAAAGCUGAAAGAAGGAAAGCAACAAAACUUUGCUGAGUCAAUGCUACGGCGCCUGGAGGAAAAAUGAUGCGCAACAUUUUGUAUAUCGCAUUUACUUUCGUACUCUUUCAACCUGUUUUUCUUUUCCCUUGACGUAAACUUUAUAUUCACCUUUAAUCAUAUAUACAGAUUGAUAUGAAUAAGUUGCCUUUAAUCUUAUGAUGCUUGCUCUGUCUUGGAACUGCUAUAUUGUGCAGGACCAAGCUUGAUUUGAAAGUCUUUUGACUAUUUACAUGUCAUUUAAAUCGUUGACAUCCUAGAAAAUUUUAUCAUAUAUUAUAUUUAAUUUGACUUUUAUCAUGUAAUAUAGUCACUGGCUUUGAGUAUAUA